CCUGUCAUCCCUCUCCCCUCCCCUCCGCGGCUUAACUUCCCGCCUCUUUUAUCGCCAAUCUUAAAAUCCCUAAUUUCCCUCCCUCUCCACCUGUCUCUCCAUCAUCGAUCUCCAAUCUCCCUCUCUCUCUAAGUUUCUCCCUCACUCCACCAUGAACCAUAGAACCAGAGCCCUCGCCAAGUCGCCCCCAGCCAGAGCUGAGCAGUUUCAGAAAUACCUUAAGCCCGGUGCGCUGGCCCGAAUGAGAGACUCGCGGAUUAGCGCUAAAUCGCACAGGCUCAACUCACUCUGCCAGAUCUCUCUACGUCGCGCUACACCUCCAUCUUCUCCUCGCUCAACCGCUGGUCAAUCUCAGAUCAUCGUCGGUGAUAGUUUUCCUUGCUUCGUCGGGAGGAUCUUUGGUCCUCGGUGUCCGCAAAGAAAGAAACUCACGGCGGUCAAGUCUGUCUUGUAUAUAACCACUAGCCCUUCGAAUCCCGCUCCGGAUUCACCUGAUCUGAUUAUUGAUUCAUUUGGCAAUGACAUUCUUGUUGCUAAUUGAAUUUAGUUUACAUUCUGUUGAGAGUUCUCGGAUUAUUCGGUUGUUGUAGAAAGCAGAACAGUUUAGAUGUGCAGAUGGCUGUGCCCUUUUUGGCACUUUGUUCAUUGAUGCGGGACAAAUUUAUCUGAUGAAACUUCAUUUAAUAAUAAGAAUUUCCAAUUUCAUGUCAA